AUGACCACCCACCCAGCCCAUCACCCAGAGCCAUCCACUCCCUCCCUGCCAACCCUCAUCUUCAUUCCCGGGGCCUGGCACCUCCCCGCCUGCUACGGUCCCAUCAUCCAUCUCCUGUCUACCAAGCACAACUUUCGCUGUGUCCCCAUCACGCUCCCUUCCACCCAGGGCGACCCCUGCGCGACCUUCAAAGACGACCUCGAUGCCACACGGGUCGCCAUCGCCGCCGAAACUUCUGCGGGAAAGGAUGUCGUCCUCAUCGCCCACUCAUACGGCGGGAUGGUCGCGAACAGCGCCAUAAAAGGCUUCGCUAAGAGAGAUGGCCGAGACCACCGUCCACCUGCAGCAGCAGCAGAAGCAUAUCCAGCAGCGUCACCAAAUGCUACAGGACCGCCAGCCGGACCAGGCCACAUCACCGGUCUGAUCCUCAUCGCCUCGGGCUUCACCCUCUCGGGUCUGACAUUCAUGGCGCCCCUCUUCAACCGUCCCCCGCCGGCUUGGAAGGCCAAUUGGUCAACCGGCUUCGCCGACCUCGCCCUGUCGCCCCAGGCACUCUUCUACCACGACCUCGCCACCUCCGAAGAGCAGGACUACUGGGCCAGCCAACUCACGCCACAGUCACUGAAAGCUCUCUUUGAGGGCGCUGAGCACAGCUACGCGGGAUGGCGGGAUUUGGAUCUGGCGUGGUAUGUCGGGACAGAAGCAGACAAGGGGCUCCCAGCAUGGGUGCAGAGGUUUGGGGUGGGUGUGGCGAGGGGCAUGGGACCUACAAAGGUGAGGCAUGUGGAAUUGAUCGGGAGCAGUCAUAGUCCGUUUUUGAGUCGGCCGGGGGAGGUGACUGAGUUGGUGAUGGAGGCGGUGGGAAGCUUUGGUUUUGCUGUUGAUACAGAUGAUGCGAAGGAGACUGCAGCGGUCGCUGUUCGGACCGAAUUGGUGGUCUGGCCUGCAUGUCGGUUGUGGGAGCCGACGACGUGGUUCAAGUUUGGUGUUCCAUUGACGCUGGGAAGGGUGGUAGGAUGGGCGACUGCUGGGUUUCUGUGGAUGAGAGGUGGGUGGUGA